GCGUGGCUUUGAAGCCGCUUCCGCUACCACCAUGAGCGGCCGAAGUAGGGGUAGAAAGUCCUCCCGCGCCAAAGGCCGGGGCAAAGGCCGCGGCAAAGCCCGAGUCCGCGCUGCUCCUGACGACGCCCCCCACGACCCGGACCCGCCACAGUGCCAGAGGCUCGGGGAGGAAACCCAGGCGGCACAGGUGCAGGCUGGCGCGGGUUGGGGUGGCCUGGAAACCGCUGCGCCCGCGCCGUCCCGUCGGCCCGGGGAGGACGCUGCCUGCCGGCUCCCCCUGGACUGUGGCCUCGCGCUCCGGGCCCGAGCUGUGGGGGAUCGCGGGCAGGCCGCGACCAGGCCCAGCCCGGGGAAGGCCACAUCCCUCUCGGAGCGUCUAGCAACAGACACUGUCUUCGUGGGGACUGUGGGAACCGUGGGAAGGCCGAAAAAUGGCCCCCGCGUUGGAAAUCGGCGUGGUCCCGCCGGGAAGAAGGCCCCAGAAACCUGUAGCACAGCGGGGAGGGGGCCUCAGGCCAUAGCUGGCGGGAAGCCGAAGAAAGGGGCCCCAGGGGAGAGUGUCUCCGUCCCUGUGGUAGAGGAAAAGAAGGUGGAGAAGGAUGCAGGGUCAGGGCCCCUGGCGACAGAUGGCAGCAUGGAUACGCUGGAGACGGUCCAGCUGAAGCUGGAGACCAUGAACGCCCAGGCAGACAGGGCCUACCUUCGGCUCUCGCGGAAGUUUGGGCAGUUGCGACUGCAUCACUUAGAGCGCAGGAACCUCCUCAUCCAGAAUAUCCCGGGUUUCUGGGGGCAAGCUUUUCAGAACCACCCCCAGCUAUCAUCCUUUCUGAACAACCAAGAUAAAGAGGUUCUCAGCUACUUGAACAGCUUGGAGGUGGAAGAGCUUGGCCUCGCCAGAUUGGGCUACAAAAUCAAGUUCUACUUUGGGCGCAACCCCUAUUUCCAAAAUAAGGUGCUCAUCAAGGAAUAUGGGUGUGGUCCUUCGGGUCAGGUGGUGUCUCGUUCUACUCCAAUCCAGUGGCUCCCAGGGCAUGAUCUUCAGUCGUUAAGCCAGGGGAACCCCGACAACAGCCGUAGCUUCUUUGGGUGGUUUUCAAACCACAGCUCCAUUGAGUCUGACAAGAUUGUGGAGAUAAUCAACGAAGAACUGUGGCCCAAUCCCCUGCAGUACUACCUUAUGAGUGAAGGGGCCCGUGCGGAGAAAGGAAGGGAGGGCAGGCAAGGUCCAGCAAGGCAGCCAGUGGAGACCCCUGAGCCUGGGGCAAACAAGUCCAACUGA